AUGUCUCUACCAGUUGCCGCCGAUAAUUUACGUGCCUCCCCGGCCUCAUUCGAAGCCGCCGACCACGACGAGCGUCACGGAACAGCUGCGGAGUCUGACAUAGAAAUCGACUCGGACGACGACGAUCCUGCCGCGACUCGCGCAGCGAACUUCAACGAGAAGAACUCGCACACGCCCCGCAAGACUCUUCUCUCGAACCACACGAUGUACAACUCGGCCGAGCUCAACAAGCAGGACUCCCCCAUCGCCCUCCAUGAUUGGAUGGAGAUGGUCGAGGACAGCGCUCACAACCAUGGCAUCGAGCCCGUUGAGGAGUUUCUGGCCAAGCGUAUGGGCCCCGGCGGGCCGACGAAAGAGUCUGCGGUCAAGCGGGCGACGACGAAAGCAGUCAAGGCCGGCGCGGCGGGACUGGAGAAAGCAAAGGAGCUUUACGCGUCUCCCAAGUUUGUCAGCGCCAGACAGGGGCAGAAGAAGAAACGUUAUGAGGCGGACAUGGAGGGUCCGAUCCGCGAUUAUCUGGCCGGUGUUGUGUCUUCAUUCUCCGAGUCGAACAAACCCGAGGUUGCCGUCACUGCGAGAAAGACUUUCACCUCAGUCGACAAAAGUCACGUCACUCGACCCGAUAUCAGCCUGGGCAAGCCCGGUCUCAAAAUCAAUGAGCAAGAGUGGAAAUGGUCGAACACGCUGGCCACUGUGCAGCUCAAAUUCCACGAUCGGAUUCACGAGGACGACGGGACGCUGGGGACAAGUGAUAGUGCCAUGCAUGCGCUCGUCCAGCUCGCCAAGGAUGCACGGCAUCUCAUGAUGUCCUCCGACCGGUGCUUCGUCUUCGUCGUCGCGAUCUCAUUCGACACGGCGACACUGUUCCGCUUCGACACCGAGGGGUACUUUGCAAGCAAGCCUUUCAAUUGGCUGCAGAACCCGAGAUAUCUGCCCGAGUUCCUGUACCGGAUCUGCCACCCCAGCACGGGUCAUCCCCAAGCGACGCUGGGCGAGGACGAUACGAUCACGUUCACCGACAAGGCGACGAAGAAGCGGAUCUGGGCGGCGCUGGAGACCGAGGGCGACCACGUCGCUGCAUUGGCGGACGAAGAAACGGCGGUCGGGCGCAGCUUGUGUUUGACUGCCGCCGUCUUCGAAGAGGUGGAUGGCGAACGGGUGCUGGUCCCGGUCAAAUGCCACACGAUCGGCGAGCCGCUUUGGCACUCGCAUGGGCUGUUCGGGCGAGCCACGAAGGUGUUCCGCGUCAUGAUCGACAAGGAUCUCGAAGCAUACGAGCAGAGCUUGGGUGGCGACGAUCCGCUGCCGUGUCCGCAGCUCUACGCGCUGAAGGACUCCUGGAGGCAGGGCUGCCGUCGUCCCGAGGUCGAUUAUUACGAUCUGAUCGAGCUUUUCCGCAAGUCGGAGAAGGGCCAGGCUUUCAUCGAGCAACACAAGCUCGACGAGUCUGCUAUGGCGCGGUGCAUUGGGAGCCUCGAUCUCUCCGAUACGGUCAAAGACUUUCGGUUCAAGGAUGGAACGGGACCUGACUGGGACACUGCUCGACACAAGACCACGUCGGAUGCUGGAGACGGGCUCCACCGUUAUCAUACCCGGACGCUCCUGACGCCGGUGGGGACCCGGCUGGACCGAUUCACGAGCACGUGGGCUCUGGUCACGGCUGUUUACCAUGCGGCAUGCCAUUUGUUCAUUGCGUUCGAGGCCGGGGUGCUGCAUCGGGACGUCAGCGAGGGGAACAUCAUGUUUGCGGAAAUGAUUGGUCUCAAGACGCCUCGAGGAUUCCUUGUCGACUGGGACUACGCAGAGUUCACGGAAAAGGGGCUCGAGGCUUUCAAGAAGAACUUUGGAUCGCGACUGCACAGUGAGCAGUAUGAUUCUGUGGACAAGAGUUUGAAGCACUUCACGGUUCGGUCGACGCUUGUUCCUUAUCCACUGUGGUCUGACUCGUUCCUCCAGGGCACCUGGCCGUUUCUUGCCAUCGAAGUGAUGCAACACAGCCUCGGACGGCGUAAAAAUUUCAAGCACGAGUCGCAUCACGAUCUCGAAAGUCUUUUCUGGCUUCUGUACUGGAUGGGUGCUCGAUACACUAAGCACUAUCUACCAGCUCACCACUUGGGUUCCGCGGGCUUCUCCGACUCGCGAGCUUAUUACCUGAAGAUCGGUACGAUAGCAAACAUCGCGAAGUCCAGUCUGGACAAGAGAAAUGGCUUCCAUGCUAUUGUCAAUUUCAUACGCACGGAUGUACUCCAACAAUAUCCGCCCACCACUUCGGGAGCUGGACACAAGCACGUUUCGGUGAUGCCCCUCCGGUUGAUGGAACACGAAGUCACGCUUAACGACUUCCGAGUUGCUCUGGAUCGAUUGACCUACAACUGGCCUAAGAACGACGGCGCCCUGGUAUAUAAUCUUCCCCCCCUGCGUGCGAAGGACGCGAAGAAACGACCCAGUCUGUUUCAGCAAGUGGUUGUCAACAAUGCUUCUCAGCACCAGUCCAAAUCUGGGUCCAAGAAGAGCGGAUCCCAGUCUCGACCGAACAACUCGUCUUUGAAGCGGCGACGCGCUGAAGACGAGGAUGAUGGGUCCGUCGGUCCUGCAGACGCUGGGCCUUCUAGCUCGAAAAAGAGGAAACCGUCGGUCGGACCAGAGGAGCCGGUACCACCAAAUCUACCGACCAAGAAAACCAAUUCCGCCCGGAGGCGGGGCCGCUUAUCCAAGUCAGCGAGUCAGUCGUCGACUGGGACGCGCCGAAGCGCUCGACUGAAUGGUAUAACCUCGAAGUAG